AUGCGCGCGUCCGUGUCACGGGUCCGACAGCUCCGCCAACAUGUCGACGGUCCCGUCCGUGCGCUGCAACUGCACAGCUCCUCGCUCGUCCCACAGACGGACCACAGAUCGGCGUCACUGCAUCAAGUGUUCGGUCGUCGGUGCUUUGCCAGCAAUGGCAGCAACGCGCCGCUGCAUUUCGAUACGCACCACGUCGUAAAGAGUCUGCAACAAAAAGGCUUUUCAAACGACCAGUCAGAGGCGAUCCUGUGCGUGAUGAAAGACGCCAUGGCCGACUCGCUGGAAGCCCAAUCCCGCAUUCUCGCGACGAAGUCGGAGCAUGUCCAGCUGAGGGCAGAGCUGUCGGAGCGAGUGUUCAACUCGACGCUCAAAUUUGACAUUGCACAGCGUCACUCGCGCGAGCUGCUCGAGCGCGACUUCAACACGCUGAAGCAGGACAUCCGAAUGCUCGAGAAGAUCGACUUCGACAAGAUCCGCAUGGAGAUCGCAGAGCUCGAGAAGAAGUUCCUGCUGCAAAAGCAGGCUGAGGACAAGACGCUGAACGAGCUGCGCCUGACGAUGGAGAAGGUUGAAACGCGAAUGCUCCAGUACGCGGUCGGGUUCGCUGGUACGAUUAUGGCCGUGGGCGCUGCACUGCUGCGCUUAGUCCUAUAA